GUACCAGAGGCUAUUUAGGUCUCUGCACCAGGAUCCCAGAGCUGACUUUGCAGCGGUUCUGUCUGACUCUCACCUCUGCAGCCUGCCGCAGUCCAAGCCAUGGAGGCUGCGCUACUCCUCUGGGGCCUGACUCUGCUAUCGGUCACAACUUCAGUGGUUCCAGAGCCUCAUUAUCUGGUAGCCUUCCCAGCGGUCAUUCGUUAUCCCAAUACUGAAAAGUUCUGCGUACUUCUACGAUCGCUCCCUGAGAAUGUCCACCUGGAAGUAAUGUUGGAGAUGAAGUCCGGGAAUCACACACUGGUGGAGAAGGACGUGGAGAAGCCACAUCAUUUUGAAUGCAUUAGUUUCCAGGUCCCACUCUUCUCUCCCAAGGAAAGAGAGCUACAUGAAAUAGAGGAAGAGGUGGCCCACGUGCACGUCCACAUUCACAAGGGCGACAGCGUGAGCUUUGAGGGCCGGAAGAAGGUGUUGGUCAGGAGAGCUCACACGCGGCACAUCAUCGAGCCAGACAAGCCCUUUUACAAGCCUGGAGAAACAGUAAAGUUCCGAAUUGUGAGGCUUGAUGAAGACUUUAAGGCCAUUAAGAAGAAUAUCCCGUUGGUGCUGCUGAAAGAUCCCAAUGAAAACCGAAUUGGCCAGUGGCUGAAUGUGGAGACUAAGCAAGGCAUUGCGGAAUUCUCCUUCCCCCUGGCCUCAGAAGCCGUCCUGGGAGAAUAUACCAUCGUAGUGGGAGACGUGGCAGAUUUUUCAAGACAAAGAUAUUUUGGAGUGGCGGAAUAUGUGCUGCCUAAGUUUGAAGUAUCGUUCGAGGUCCCUCCGCUAGUCACCACUUCAGACACAGAAAUAAGGAUCAAAGUGACGGGCAAGUAUACUUACGGAAAAGGAGUUCGUGGGACGGUGCGGCUGAGCUUGAAGAGGGAUGUAUCCUUUUAUUUUUUUGAAGAGCUACAAAAUGGAACAUUGACUGCCCUAGAAAAGGAGUAUACUGCCCAGACAGACAAGACUGGUUGUGCCUUUAUUACUAUUGAUGCAGCUGAGAUUAAUCUGCCCCAAAAAGGCUAUGCUGAUUAUAUUAAGCUUUCUGCAGAACUGGAAGAAGAAGGAACAGGAACCAUCAACUCGGGAUAUCACAUGAUCUCUCUUGUCACCAAAACUGUGGAAGUUUCCUUCAUCAAUCUCAACCCAUUUUAUAAACAUGGCUUUCCAUACACAGGCAAGAUGAAAUGUGGCGUGAAUGGCGUUCCUGUCCAGAACCAGACCAUCUAUCUUACGGUUGAUGUCAACGAUGUGGAGACCCACUUACCGUAUACGACGGAUGAGAAUGGUGAAGUUCACUUCUCCUUGGACACAGCAGGAUGGAAAGAGACGCUGGUUUCUCUCCGGGGCAGAUCCUCCAUCGUGAAUGUAAGUGCCGAGGAUGCUGGUGACCUUGAGAUAGUACGGAAAGAAGCUUUCACGUGGCUGAAGCCUUUCUACUCAGAGAGUAACAGCUUCCUUGAGAUCCAGCAUGUGGAAGAAGAGCUGCCCUGUGGAAAGGAUCAGGAAGUGCUGGUAGAUUACAUCCUCGACCGAAAAGAGCUGGGGCCGAACGCUGAUCACGUGGAUUUCUAUUACUUGGUGGUGUCAAGAGGAAAUAUUGUUUUGAGUGGGCAGAAACAGGUGCCGAUUGGCCAGGAUGAAACACUGAAAGGCACCUUCGCUCUCACUCUGCCCGCAAGUAUUGAGUUGGCACCUAUUGCUAGGCUUCUGCUGUAUGCCGUGUUUGAGGAUGGUGAGGUGGCUGCUGAUGUGGACGUGUUCACAAUCGAGAAGUGUUUCCGGCAUCAGGUGACGCUGGCCUUCUCUCAGAAAGAACAUUAUCCAGAUUCAACGAUCAAGCUGCAAGUGGACGCUGCGCCUGGAGCCCUCUGCUCUCUCCAAGCUCUGGACAAGAGCGUCAUCCUGAAGAAUGACAGAACUCUGACAGCAGAAGAGGUGUAUGAUGCUAUUCCCUACGAUGAAUCCACUGAUACCGUUGGCGCAAGAGGAUUUGACUACCACUUGGAAGAUUUUGAGCCUUACCCUUGUCUGCCUUUGGAGCACCCCCAGCUCCAUGGUCAGAGGCGCAAGCGGACUGUGAUAGGGCCUUGGUACGAGAGCCAGGCUGAUGUCUAUAGCCUGUUCAAGCAACUGAGGAUGAAAGUUUUAACUAACACCAAAGUGAAAAAGCCUGUGACUUGUGAGCCACUUGCUGAGAGACACGUUCUCAGAAUGCCUGGAAAGACAGAAGUUGAUCCAGAACCGGUAAGUGCCCCUGUCCAAGCUGUGGCUGAAAAUGUCCCUCCGCCUCUUGGUUCAGAAGAUCAGAUGGAGACGAUGAAGAAACCAAGAACACGCUUCCCAGAGACCUGGAUCUGGGAUUUGGUCUCAGUCAACGAGGAGGGGAAAGCGUCGCUCUCACUCAUCACUCCAGACACGAUCACGGAGUGGCAAGCCAACGCGUUCUGUGUGGCAGAUGUUGGCUUCGGACUUGCCAAGCCGGCCUCCCUCCAGACCUUCCAGCCAUACUUUGUGGAUCUGACAUUGCCCUAUUCUGUAGUCCGUGGGGAGACCUUUGAACUCAGAGUCACUGUCUUCAAUUACAUGAGGGAAUGCAUGCAGGUGGAAGUUAGUCUGGUACGAUCGCAGCAAUUCAGGGUGGAAUCCUGCUCAAUCUGCUUCUUCACCACCUGCCUAUGUGCAGACGAGGCUAAGACCUUCUCUUGGAAUGUGACGGCAACUCAUCUGGGACAUGUCAAACUCAUGGUAACCACCAUGGAGACACGGGUGCCGUGCGGCGACAAAAUCGCUGUGGAAUCGCUGCUUCCUGGCCGCUCUGACGCCGUGGUCAAAUCCCUGCUGGUCAAGCCUGAAGGUGUCCUCAAAGAAGAGACCCACAAUGCAUUCCUCUGCUCUUCAGGGGAUCCUGCGCUGGAGGAAGUCUCUCUGACGCUGCCUGCGGUUAUUAUUGAGGACACUGGCCGAGCCACCAUCUCUGUCAUCGGUGACAUACUGGGCCCUGCGCUCCAGGAUAUGUCCUAUCUGCUUCAGAUGCCCUUUGGCUGCGGUGAGCAGAACAUGGUCAAGUUUGUUCCCAAUAUCUUUAUUCUCCGAUACUUGGAGGCGACCAACCAGGCCACUCCCGAGAUCAAAGCCAAGGCCACGGAAGACAUGAAGAGCGGGUACCAGCGGCAAUUGCUCUAUAAACACGAUGGUGGGUCCUACAGCACCUUUGGCAAAGAGGACACGGAGGGCAACACUUGGCUGACGGCUUUUGUGGCUCGGGCUUUCGGCCAGGCAAAGUCCUACGUCUUUAUUGAUGACAAGCACAUUCACGAUGCUGUUCACUGGCUGGAGGAGCACCAGCUUCCCAGCGGCUGCUUUCAAAAUGUCGGGAGGCUCUUCAACAAUGCUCUGCAGGGUGGUGUGGACGAUGAUUUCUCCCUGACAGCUUAUGUGACGGCUGCACUCCUCGAGCUCCACCUGCAGCACAACGGCACCAUGGUGGAAGAUGCUUUAGCUUGUCUUAAGAGGAACUUAAGUUUUGUGAAUGCUACCUACCCCAAAGCCUUGUCGGCGUAUACCUUCACAUUGGCAGGGGAUAUGGAGACGCGGCAACAGCUCCUGACAGACUUAAAGGAACAUUCUGAUGAAUACGAGGCCGAGACAGCAGCUUACGUGCUACUGGCUUUAAUCUCCAAACCAGAAGUGUCUGCAGAAGACAUCAAAGAAGCCUUCCAGGUUGUCCGCACCCUCAUCAAGCAACAGAACCCUUAUGGGGGAUUCUACUCCACACAGGACACGGUGGUAAGCCUGCAGGCUUUGUCCCGGUACGCAGCCUUAACCUAUAAAGCGAUCGAAGACGUCAAGGUGCUGGUGAAGUCCACCACAGGUUUCCAGCAUGAAUUCCACGUGGACAAGGGGAACCAGCUGGUGCUGCAGGAGGCGCCUCUCCCUGAGGUCCCUGGGCAGUACACAGUGGAGGUAUCAGGGAGUGGCUGUGCGUACGUGCAGAGUACACUUCGCUAUAACCACCCACCUGAGAAGACCGACGCUUUUGCUUUGAUUGUGGAGACAUCCCCCAAAGAAUGCAACCGGACUUCCAGGAAAUAUUUUGAUAUCCACCUACAAGUGAGCUACACAGGGGAACGAGAAUCGAGCAACAUGGCCUUGAUAGAAGUGAACUUGGUCUCGGGAUUCAUCCCUGUGAAGAAGUCGGUGAAUAGGCUUGAAGGGAAACUUGGAGUAAAGAAGGUGGAAUUUGAUCCUGACAAAAUAAGCCUCUACCUGGAUCAGCUGGAUAAGACUGUGCGGCACUACCAUUUCUCUGUGGAACAGGAAGUGGAAGUGAUAGACCUGAAGCCGGCAACAGUGAAGGUUUAUGAUUACUACCACCCAGAGGACUAUGCUGAGGCUGAGUACAAGGCACCCUGCAGCACAGAAAGCACCAAACAAGACAGCCACUAAAAUUUUUACUUUUGGAUCUGAAACACCCAGUGUGAAUAUUGAACUUGCUCAAUAAAAAAUACUGUAUUGUG